AUGGCAUCCAAUGAUAGUAAUCGUAUGCAUGGAAAGAUUCCUUUCUUUGAUGGGUCGAAUUACAACUUCUGGAAAAUCAGGAUGGAAGCUUACCUAAAGUCUCAGGGUUAUGAAGUUUGGUUAGCAGUGAAGAAUGGUUACAACCCCCCCACUACAGAUAUUACAGAUAAAAUAGAGAUGAAGUGUGAAGAUAAUGCUAAAGCAAUGAAUGCACUUUUAGGUUCCCUAGUGAGCAAUGAGUCUGCAAAAGUGAUCGGUUGCACAACAUCAAAGGACAUAUGGGACAAAUUAAAGAGUGUUCAUGAGGGAGAUGAUAAAAUCAAAGAGGCGAAGCUGCAACACCAUAGGAAUUUAUUCGAAAGUCUAAAAAUGUCUGAGGGAGAGACCAUUGAUCAGUUUAUGAGCAAGGUGUCUGCCAUUGAAGAAUCUAAAGACUUGAACACAAUGAAAUUAGAUGAACUACAUGGAACUCUGAUUGCUUAUGAGAUGAGGAUGGUCAAGUCCAAGCCCAUAGAAAAGGAAGUUGCCUUCAAAGCUUUGAAGAAAUUGAAAAUCAAUGAAGAUAGUGAACAAAAAGAUUCCGAUGAUGAGUUAAUAGCUUACUUGGCUAGGAAACUCAAGAAAGAUAGAGGUAAAUACAAAGGAAAACUUCCUUUGAAGUGUUUCAAUUGUGAUGGUAUAGGGCACUUCUCUUCCAAGUGUCCAAAGAAUGAUAAAUUGAGUGACUCUGAGGAUGAAGAUGCUCAAGAAAGCAAGUUCAAGAAAGGAAAGAAGAAAUUUAUUCCUAAAAGAAGAAAUUUCAAGAAGAAAAGCUUAAUAUCAAAGAAGUGCAAGUCUUCUUUAGAGGAGUCAUCAAAGGACUAUAAUGAGUUAGAUGAUGAGUUAUCUGAGACACUAUUUAUGGAAGAGAGGAAGAAAAUGAAAGUUCUAGAGAUUCAACUUGUUGAAAAGGAGAACCAGAUUAGUCAGUUAAAUAUUACAGUUGAAGAUAUGACUAAGAUCAAUGAUGAGCUGAGUGUCAAUCUAUCAUCCAAGGCAGAAGAGUGCACUACCCUUGAAGAGAAAUUGGAGAUAUUGAAGAUUGAAUUGGAAGAGAUACAGAAGAUGAAUUUACAAGAAGAAACUACACCAUCUCCUUCAAUUACUAUCUUAAAAUCCAAGGGUAAAGAAAUUAUGAUUCAAUCAGUUGAAGCAAAUACUCCAUCAUCGAGCAAAGAAAAUGAAAAUGUGUUAGAUAAGAUUUUGAGUUUUCAAAGAGCUCUACAUAUGAAGACUGGCUUUGGAUAUGUAGCACAAGGAUCUUCUGAAGUAGUGGAGACUAAAGGCAAAGGAACUGCAGAAAUUUCAAUGAGGUUUAUCAAGGAGAAACAGAGGAGCUCACAAAUAUUUUACAACGAUGGAUUUGCUUCAGUUGACUAUCAGAGACACAGAGGUUCUUGGCAGAGACAGAGCUUUAAAGGUUACUAUUAUGGGUGUAACUAUUAUGGACACAGGGUGGCAGAUUGCAAAAGACAGACCAAGCCUAUAGUACUGACUAGCAAGAACAUGUUUGCUCUAUUGUCGGAGAAAAGUAGACAAAGAGAACUUAUUACUGUGGCAAAUAAGGCAGUAUGGGUUGAGAAGAAAAAGAAAGCAGGAAGCAAGUCAUUAAUUGUUCAAACAACCUUCAAAGCUCAUAGCAAGCCGUCACCGUGGGUUCUUGACAGUGGAUGCUCCACUCAUAUGACAGGUGAUAAGGGAAAGUUUCUGAGUUUGGAUUCAACUGAGAGUGGAUCUGUCAAGUUUGGAAACAAUGAUGGUGCAAAGAUAGAAAGCAGAGGCAUAGUUAAGUUGGAUAGAGGAAAGAUCAAGUCAAACAAUGUCCUAUAUGUUAGUGGUCUGAUGCACAACUUGCUCAGUGUGAGUCAAAUUUAUGAUAAUGGUAAUGAGGUUUUGUUCACCAAGGAAGGCUAUGUAAUCAAGAAAAUAAAAAAUGGAAAGAUUGUGGCACAAAGGACAAGAACUACAGGAAACUUAUACACUCUGUUAGAAGCAAAUGAAGAUAGAUGCAUGAUGGGACAGGAAGAUGAAUGUUGGUUAUGGCAUAGAAGGAUUGGGCAUAUCAGCUUCAAGAACUUAGCUAAAUUGAGCAAAAAGAAGGCAGUCAGAGAUCUUCCAAAGAUCAAGUCUCCAACAAAUCAUAUUUGUGCACCAUGUCAAAAGGGAAAACAGACUAGGGCCACAUACAAGUCAAAGAAGCAUUAUUCAAGUAAACUAUUGGACUUGAUUCAUACAGAUCUUUGUGGACCGAUGAGAACAGAGGCAAUUGGUGGAGAGAGGUACUUUAUCCUAUUCAUAGAUGAGUACUCCAGGAUGACUUGUGUUAUGUUCCUUGAAGACAAGACUGAAGCCUUAGACUGUUUCAAGAUCUUCAAGAAGAAGAUAGAACCAGCAGAGCAGACUCCUGAGGACUUUUAUGAUGAUGCAACUGUAGAUGAUGAAGUUCAAAAUCAUAUUGAUGAUGAGGAUAUAGAUGCUCAUGAGGCUGACAUAGUGACAGAAAAAGAUGUAGGACCCAGUUUUGAAAAGUAG